UUUUUAUUCGAUAGUUUUUUCAUUCGAAUAGUUUUUUCAAACGAUAGUUUUUUCAUUUGAAUAGUUUUUUCAAACGAUAGCUUUUUCAUUUGAAUUUUUUCAUAUUCAGUUACUGUUUUCUUUCAGUCUAUUAGAUUGUUUUUUUUUUUUUUUUUUAAUUCAGUCAUAAUUUUAUUUCUCUACUAUUUGCUUUUUCCCUUGAUUUCACAAUUUAAUUGUAAAUGAUUUUAUCUGCAUUUGAAGGAAGGACUGAAGGAAGAUGAAUGAUGAUACACAUAUUGUGCGAUCUUCCAAAUGAUAUCUUGAAAGUUUUUCAGGACUGAAUUUAUGUGUUUUACGUUGGAGUGCCCAUAUUUUCAAAACAAAGGCGGUAAAGAAAAGAAAAAGAAAGGCAGCACGGUGCAUGAAAAGAAAAGAAGUUAUCCGUCGGUCAGUGCGGUGUCAUAAAAAAGUGACAAAAGAGAAAAAAAUAACUCUUUGACCUGGGAAGCGGAACAUGUUCAUUGUUCAGCCAGUGUAUAGUUUAUGAACCUAAUUAGUGGGAAAACCCAUCUUUUCAAUCACUUGACGAGACAUGGCGCCGGAAGAAGCAAAACAUUCGCGCACGCACAAACAGCAGGUAUAUGUGUCAACAAGUGGAUUUUGUAAAGGGUUGUGAAUGGGUUAGACAAAAAUAUGAUGCAACUGUGUGGUUGGUUUGGAUUAUUGUAGGUAGGUAUGUAUAUACUUUUGAUAUUUGCAAUUUUGCAUGUGGACGAGCAAAAAUAAAAAGUGUAAGAAAAGGAAACAAAUCCUUUCCAGUGGUCAUUUCUCGACUAUUUUUUUUUUACGAUUUUUAUAUUAUGUACUUCAAUGUAUGAUGGAUGCUUCUUUAAGAUGAAAUCGGAUGAAAAGUGAAAAACUUGAUAAAAUAUUAUUUUUAAAUAGCAACUGAAUAUUUGAUAGUUUUUAUUCGAUAGUUUAUUUGAUAGUUUUUAUUCGAUAGUUUAUUCGAUAGUUUUUAUUCGAUAGUUUAUUCGAUAGUUUAUUCGAUAGUUUUAUUCGAUAGUUUUUAUUCGAAUGAAUGAAUGAAUGAAUGAAUGAACUAUUCGAUAGUUCAAAUCAUUCAGUUACUAACUAUCGAUAGUUCAAAUCAUUCGAUAGUUCCCAUCACUAUUUGAUACAUCAAUACACACAAGGAAGUAUAUGUCGUUCACUGUGUAAAAAAUCUGUGCUGUAGUUCUACCUGCUUUUCUUGUGUGCUUAAAAAUAGGAAAUAUGUCGAAAAGGGGGAAAUGGCACAUUUUUUUUGCGGGUGAAAUGGCGCAUUCCGUAAUGAAAUUUAGUAUUUGAGUAUAGUGUUGGCAUGAGCCAUCUCACCCUCAAAAUAUUUUUUUUUUGUAAUUCAACGAAUUUAAAAUUUUUUAUUUAAGCAUACAGGUUAGUAUAAGGAAGUGCGUAAAAUUUUUAAACAUUUGCACUAACCUUAUUUUCAGUAGUUCGUUAGCAUUCGUGUGUACAAAAUUGAAUUAGAUUAAAAAAAAAAAAUAUAUAUUACUAAAGUGUACCUAACAAUGCCCACCGUUUAAAAAAAAAAAAAGUAAUUCUAGUCGGGGUUCUUGGUCGGAACAUUCUUUAAAGACCGCAAUUAAUGACAUUAAAGCAAAGUUGAUGUCAAUUAACUUUGCAGCAAAGAUUUAUAACGUUCCAGCCACAACUCUAAGGCGACAUUUGAAAAAUUCUUCUGCGAAUAAGCAAUUGGGUGCUUCCGCGUGUUUGGGAGCAGAAAUUGAGACAAAAAUAUGCAAUCAUAUAAAGAAGCUGCAGGCUCACGGAUUCGCUCCAACGCGAGAAUCAGUUUGCAAGAUGGCAUAUAGUAUUGCGGAACAAUACAAUAUCCCGCAUAGAUUCUCAAAAGACCUGAAGAAAGCAGGUAGGGGUUGGUUGGAGCUCUUUUUAAACCGACAUCCAGAUUUGGCGAUACGAAAGGCUGAAGGAGUUUCCCAAGCACGGGUUCUUGGUAUGAAUCGGCAGGAAGUGGCAACCUACUUUGACCUUCUUGAAAAAAUUCUCAUCGAAAACAACCUAAUGGGCAAGGCUCGAAAUAUUUUUAAUAUGGACGAGACCGGGUGCCAGCUGAAUAAUAAACCAGAACUAGUUGUGGCCGAAAAGGGGUCAAAAAAUGUUGCAGCCAUAACAUCAGCUGGAAAAGGGGAGACAAUUACAGUGAUUGCAUGCUGUAAUGCGGAGGGAAAUUUCCUACCACCAGUUUGUGUGUUUAAGGGCAAAAACAAAAAGCCAGAAUUCGAGGAUGGUAUGCCACCAGGCUCAGUUGUAUACAUGGGAGAGAAGUCAGCAUACGUGACAAGUGAAUUUUUUUUUCUUUGGCUGAAAGAGCAUUUUGUGCCCAGAAAACCAAUGGGUAAAGUACUUCUCAUUUUAGAUGGACACUCAUCUCACUGCAGCAACAGUGAAAUGUUGGAGUAUGCUGCUGUAAAUGAUAUUGUGCUCUUGUGUCUUCCUCCGCACUCAACACAAUUCCUUCAGCCGUUGGAUCGAACUUUUUUUCGUUCUUUGAAGGCACACUACAACACAGCAUGUAACACCUUUUUAAAAAAACAAUCCUUCUCGAAAAAUAACCAGGCUUCAGUUCGGAAAACUGCUCUACGAAGCAUGGAGUUCCUCUGCUACUACAAGUAAUGGAAUUUCUGCUUUUACAGCUACCGGGAUUUGUCCGUUUAAUCCUAGUGCUAUUCCUGACUAUGCAUUUAUUCCUGUAAAUGAAGAAGUUAGCUUAAUUGAACAGGUAAAUAUAAUUUUGUAAAAUACUUUUGCGAUUGUUACCUUACAAAACUUUUGUUAUUUACCUCUCUUAAAGCCAAUCAUCCGUGAAUCAACUCCAGAGCAGUCCUCAAGCCCACAACCACAACAAAAUCCUCAACAGCAACAAAAUAUCCGGCAGGAACAGGCUAGCAUUGAAGACCAAAGCGGUAUAACUCCAAGCAAGGCGCUUGCUAUUAUAUCACCAAUUCCAUCAACGUCAAGGUCAACACGAUCCAAUACAAGAAAGCAAAAAGCUCGAGUCCUUAACACAGAAGAGAACAUCAAAACUCAAAAAAUUAAGAAAAAAAAGAUGCAAGAAUUGAAAGAGAAAAAACAGAGAGCAAGGCAACGAAAAGAUUCGACGUCAUCUGAGGGUACGAUAUCAUUGCAUGAAUUUUCUGAUGGACCUGAAGACUUCGGCGAGAAUACCUGCGUGGGCUGUGGUGAAGACUAUCGUUCCACCCGAAAAAAAGAAGACUGGUUGCAGUGUAUUAUGUGCCAUAGAUGGGUACAUGAUUCCUGCACAUCAUUCAACCACAUGUGCAAUGAAUGUGGUAAUAAGAACAUGAAAUAAGCUCAUGCACCAUCUCACCCAUCAGGGUAUGCCAUCUCACCCACCCUAUAGGGGGAGAUGGUUUUUUUUUAAACUUUUUUCUUUUGCUAAAUUAAAAAUAUAAAUUCUAUUCAUAAAAUUCGUAAAUGAAACAUAACGUUGGAUAUUAAAUAAAGAAACUAUUUGCAUUGUUAUCAAUAUAAAAUAUGGUUUAUUUUGAAAGAUAUGACAAAAACAAAAAAGGUAUACCAUCUCACCCGCUUUUACCCUACAUACAAAAUUAAAAAAUUACGAUUCAAAAUAAAGUUGGCAUACCAUUUGUUGUAGAGUCGGUUGGGGAAGUGCGCGCACAUUUCACUUUAAGGCAAAAUUGUGAAGAUUCUGUAAGAGAUAUCAGCAUAAAGUUUUUUACAUUUGAUAAACCUAUAUUUUGGGAACAAGAAAACACAAAAAAAAAGUUUUUUAGUUUAAAUAUUUUAUAUGUUUCAAAAUAAAACCAUAGGUAUGUAGUCAAAGUGCGCACUCUUGCGGCUAAGUCAGGAUAAGAUCGCGCAAACUCUUGGCUAAGAGCGCGCACAUAAUUUUAAUAGGAACCUUAACAGUUUACGGCUACUAAUUUUCUAAAAACUUAAUGUAAUACUAAGUUAAACAAAACGUUCUUUCAAAAGUUCCAAGUUUUCACUAAAAUGAAUGAAAAUAUUAAAGAAAAAACAAAUUAAGUUCAAAUACAAAAACUUAAACUUUAUUUAUAAAACAAAACAAACAAAAAAUAUUUCUAAUUAAAUCAGAGCCUUUCUUUUUUAGAAUUCAUGAAUAACCGCCUUCGUUUCUCAAGAAUCAAGUUUAAAAAUUCUCUGUAGGUACUGUAAAUCAGAUUAAAAAAAAGAAAAGUUUAAUAUGGGGAGAAGUGCGCGCUCUUACUCACAAAAGGACUGCGCGAUUUUACCCACAAAGGUACUUUUUUUUCAUUUAUCAAAUUUAUAAUAAAAUAAAACAAAUAACGAAGAAAAAAAUAACAAAAAUAAUUAAAAAUUAUUUAAAUUAUUUCUAUUUUAAGUGGAGCGAUUGAAUAUAAUUCAAUUUUAAAGUUCAAGUUGAGGUCACUUGAACUUUAAAAUUGAAAAAUAAAACAAAGUUUAACAAAUUUUUGACUAAAAUCAAAUAUACAUAAAUAUGCACUAUUCAAAGAUAUAUGCUACUCUCGGUAUCUAAUGCUGUCACUCCGACGCCACACACUUUUCCAGCACAACUUUUUUUUGUUUUUAGCCGAGUUUUUUAAACAUUCUUUUAAAAUAAAAUGGAGUUGGGCACACUCGCGAAGAUCGUCACUUAUUGACGCCUUACUAAGCGCUGCACGGUAAUCCAUAAUGACUUAUCUCGUUGCAAAAAUCAUAACUUUUGAACGGAUUGAGGUAUCGGUACAGUUUUUUUUUAAUUUGAAGGAAAUUUCCAGGGCUGUUACACCAAUGAAUUUCAAGAAAAUUGUCUAACAGGGUGUUUAGGAAUCAUCGACCGAAAACAGAUUUUCUUUAAAAAAAAAUAUUUAAAUUAAAAUUGGUAUGCCAUUUUGUAGAAAUCACUAAUCCACAUCUAAAAAAAGUUGAGAUAACAUUUUUCCAUGAUAUUACGAUGAUAGAGAAUGCCAAAAAAGUUGGUUUCGGAAGUCCGUCUGUCUGUCUGUCUGUAUAAGGAUCUACAGCCUAAACGGAUGGACCGAUUGACUUCAAAUUUGGUAUGUACCAUUUUUUGGAAUUCAUUUUUUUGGACCAAAAAUAACGGUACUUGUCAUACACCAAUUUCAGUAAAGUUGUAAUUGCUCAAAAACGGCUCCAACGAUUUUGUUUAAAAAAUUCAUUUUUUUUUAUGACCAAAACUAACGGUACCUGCCAUAUAACGGAAAUAGAAAAGUUAAUUUUUUUCAAAAACGGCUCUAACGAUUUUGAUUAAAAUUUUUGUGUGUAGUACUACACAUAAGAGCCAACUUUUUAAAUAAAAAAAAUAUUUUUUGUACCGUUAUUAACGGUACCUGUCAUAGAACGGUUUUUUUCGUUUCUGAAUAUCUCGUACAACAUUUA